AUGACGUUAGGGAGAGUAGCUCUGGCACGCAUGCCGGCGAUUAGAUGUAAAAUAAACAGUCUUUUCUCUACUUUUCAUUUGGCUUCUUCUUCCAUGAAUCUCCCCUCUUCUCCACUCUCUCGUCAUAUAAGCAUGAAAACAGAGAGUCUGGUUUCUAAGCUAACUAGUUCUGGUCUAUUAAAGACCCAGGGUCUUAUCGGUGGAAAAUGGGUUGAUGCAAAUGAUGGCAACACAAUUCAGGUUCUCAAUCCAGCCACGGGUGAAGUUAUAGCAAAUGUCCCAUGCAUGGGUCGGAGAGAGACGGAUGAUGCUAUAUCAUCUGCCAAUGAUGCAUUUAGAUUAUCCAUGCCUUCAGAAGGUAAUGGCACUGGGAUGUCUCCUUUACAAGAGUUUGGAUUUCAUGACAAUUGGCAUGGAGUAAACUCACUGCCUCUGAGAGGAGCCAACAUUUACGAAAAUGUGGAGCGUUAUAGUUCUCUACUCACUGAUUUUCUUAUGCUUCUGCCCACCUGUAUUGCAAGGUUUGACCUACUAAUUACCCACAAGGAAAAGCUUGGACAAUUAAUAACCUUAGAGCAAGGGAAACCUCUAAAAGAAGCCAUGGGUGAGGUUAGCUAUGGAGCUAGUUUUAUUGAGUUUUUUGCUGAGGAGGCGAAACGUGUAUAUGGAGAUAUAAUUCCAGCGACUCUUGGUGAUCGUCGGUUAUUUGUUCUAAAGCAGCCUGUAGGUGUUGUUGGGGCAAUUACACCCUGGAACUUUCCUUUGGCAAUGAUUACUAGAAAGGUUGGUCCUGCUCUUGCUUGUGGUUGUACGGUGGUUGUAAAACCCUCUGAACUCACACCUCUCACAGCUUUAGCAGCAGCUGAAUUGGCCCUUCAAGCUGGAAUACCACCAGUUUUGGGAGUAUACAUUAUAGGCACACCUUCUACUGAAGAACCACAAUUCACAAAUAGAGGUGUUCUGAAUGUGGUUAUGGGGAAAGCUCCUGAUAUUGGUGAUGCUUUACUUGCUAGUCGUGAGGUAAGAAAAAUCACUUUCACAGGAUCAACAGCUGUAGGAAAGAAGUUGAUGGCUGGUGCUGCUGGAACUGUUAAAAGGUUAUCUCUGGAACUUGGUGGUAAUGCACCCUGCAUAGUAUUUGAUGAUGCAGACCUAGAUGUGGCAGUUAAAGGAUCAACAUAUCACAUUGACACACUAAGCCUCCUUUCCGACUACAAUGGAUUUUGGACAGCUAUUGCUGCAGACGCUUUGAUUCAGGAUUUUGAGAAUGUGUUCUUUCUUAAUGAUGUAGCUCUUUGUUUUGCAUUCAUUUUUGGAAGGUAUUGUCAUGGUGGUGGUAUUUAUGACAAAUUUGCGGAUGCUUUUUCAAAAGCUGUUCAGAGUAUGCAAGUUGGGGAUGGCUUUAGUGAAGGUGUGGUGCAGGGCCCAUUAAUUAAUGAAGCUGCAGUCCAGAAGGUUGAAUCAUUUGUUCAAGAUGCCAUCACUCAGGGAGCAAAAGUCCUCCUUGGCGGGAAAAGGCAUAGCCUUGGAAUGACUUUCUAUGAGCCGACUGUAAUUAGCAAUGUCACUGAAACGAUGCUUCUAUCGAGAGAGGAAGUAUUUGGCCCAGUGGCACCUCUGUUGCGGUUUGAAACUGAGGAAGAAGCCAUCUGGCUGGCUAAUAACACCAAUGCAGGGUUAGCUGCGUAUAUUUUCACAAACAAUGUUCAACGUUCAUGGCGUGUCACUGAAGCUCUUGAGUAUGGACUUGUUGGUGUCAAUGAAGGAAUUAUUUCAACAGAGGUAGCUCCAUUUGGAGGAGUUAAACAAUCUGGUCUUGGACGGGAAGGCUCCAAGUAUGGAAUGGAUGAAUAUCUGGAGGUAAGUAUUACUUUUAGUGCAUAUUUGGAAAAAGUGAAAGCAAUCUUCUCUCUCCCACGUGUUGAAGAAGAAAACAAAUUGAGUAUUCUAAUUCAGUAA